AUGUCAAGUGUAAAACAAGGAUCCCAUUGGAAACAAACAUCAAACCGUUGGUGUGCAAACGAUAGCAGCUUCAAUGGUUAUGAUUUUGGAGGUGGGUUGGUUCCAAAUCUGACGCAAAUGGAAGGGCUUAACAACGUGUACAACAGAAGUAGUGACAACAUUGGUGUGUCGGACUUGGUAAUGAAGAAGAGAGUUAUGGUCGUGGUGGAUCAGUCUUCACAUUCCAAACAUGCAAUGAUUUGGGCACUCACACAUGUAACUAAUAAGGGCGACAUUCUUACUCUUCUUCAAAUUGUUAGUCCUUGGAAAUCUGAGGGUUGUGAGUUUUCCUCUCCUUGUCUUGCUACAUCACUUGGAUCCCUUUGCAAGGCCUGUAAGCCUGAGGUAGAAGUGGAAGCACUUGUAAUCCAAGGACCAAAGAUGGACACAAUAAUGAGCCAAGUGAAAAAGCUUGAGGUUUCUGUGCUAGUCUUGGGGCUCAACAACUCCCACCCUCCAUUACUCAACUGUCUGUGCCUGAGAAACAGCACCGAGGAAUUUGUGGAAGAGUGCAUCGACGUUUUGGAGUGCUUGACAAUUGGGGUUCGGAAGCAGACCAAGGGAGUUGGUGGAUACCUUAUUAGCACCCGAUGGCAUAAAAACUUCUGGCUAUUGGCUUAG